GCGUAUGCGUGGAUUUCCGGUGGCGGCCAUUCGUUUAGAAGGAGCGACAUUGUGAGACUGUUUGAAGUUGUUAAUUAGUGAAUUUAAAGUGUUUUAGGCACCGGUAUUUAUAUCAGUAUAUUUCAAUAUUGUAAUACAAUAAUAGUAAAAUAUUUUUAGUAUAUAAAGGAUACUGUUUUUCGUACGAUGCGUCGUAAAAGUGAGCGUACAGCUACCAAGAAAGCAAAGCCUUCUCCCGAGAAAAAAACAGCGGAAAAGGCAAAGAAGACUAGAACAUCUAGACGACGUAAACAGUCUACUUCUUCCGAAGAAUCCGCUGAAGAGACUAGCCCAGUUCGAGAAGCAGAAGCGACUCCCGUUGAGCAGGAACAAAAGCCACCUCAGACUCCUACUAAAGAAAAAGAAGUUUCACCAGAAGAUGCACACGAAGUGUGGCAUGUAAAAACAGCAGAGGUGCCCAGCGACACGGGAGAAAUACAAAAAUUAAAAAUAUGUCUAACUCGCCCUCCCUCGACGCCCGAGCGAGUGGACAGAUCACCGCGCAGUCGAAGGAAGCACUCCCGUGCUACUAGUUCCAGCGAUACACCGAGUGUCGAGGCUGUCGAGGACCGCAAGAAGAGUAAGCAUCGUUCCAAGCGCUCUGCGCGCGAGUCCAAGGAUGAGUCUGAGAAGAACCAAGAUAGCCAAGGCGAUGAAGCUGAUUCAGAGACGCCUUCAGAACCUAAAAGUCGUAAAAUUUCUCAGAGUAGUGGAGCUGCCGGUGAUACUGUUCCUGAUGAAACGCCCAUGUCCACUACUAGUGAAGAUAAAGUGAUUGAGUCAGAAAAUCCUACCACAUGUGGACAGUCACAAACAGACACACAUUCUAAAGAAUCUGAUAUUGAAGGGAAGACUUCUGAUGCUGAUACAACAGUUGCAUCACCACAGGCUGAAGUCAAAGGAAACCAGUCGGAGGACAGUAAGCAAUGUGAUGAUAAGGAUAGUUCACCUAAGAAUGAAUCAAAAGAAAAAUCGCAGUCUUCGCAUGAUUCGGAAAAAGCUGAUGAAAGGAAUGUUACAACACAGUCAACAGAAAGCAAAGCUGAAAAGACUGAGACACAGGAGCAAUCUGAUGGAUCCCAAGAAAAGGAGGAGACGCCGAGUGAGCAUGAGGUAAGUAAAAGUGAAGAUAGCAGUAAUAAUAGUAAAACUGAGGAAGCGGAGUCCUCUCAAAAUGAGAGUUCUAAAGCUACUAAUGACAAUGGUGUUGUAGAUAGCUCUGAAAAUGUAGAAAAGAAGCAAAGACAGUCUGCCUCUCCAGAACCAGUAAAGGAGAGGAGAGUAGAGCACAGCAUGGAGAGAAACAAUAGAGAUCUUGAACGCUCUGAUUCAACACAGUCACAUGAAGAACCUAUACAAAAUGGCCAAGCAGCUCCUAUUGUUGUGAGUCGGAAAAGGAGAUGGGGCUCCAGGCCCAGUAAACUCACUACCCAGAAGUCAAUAACUAUUUCUACUGAUGUAUUGAAAGAUAUUAUUCCUGAUGUGAAACCUGUUGAAUUUGAAGAGGUCAUUGAAGAAAAGAAACAACACAGACGAGUACAAUCCAAUGAUAAAGUUGAGAGACCUAUUCUACCUAAGAUUGUCAUAGACAAUACUGAUCACCUUGAGCACCAUAAAAAGGAAUAUGAAGAAAGGGAACCUGAAAACUUAAAAUUCAGAGAACCGUUGUCAGCGAAUAGAAGAAUAUCAAUUGUUAAAGAUGAUAGCAUUAUUGCUCGACCACCAAGUCCACCCAGGAAUAAGCAGUCAUGUAUUUUGUAUAUCACCAACCUUGUAAGACCCUUCACAUUGCCUCAACUGAAGAACUUGCUACAACGGACAGGAAGAAUUUCAGAAGAUGGUUUUUGGAUUGACAGAAUUAAGUCAAGAUGCUUUGUUAAAUAUGAAACUGAAGAUCAAGCAGUUGAGACCAGGCAUGCCUUACAUGGAGUUACUUGGCCUGUGUCAAAUCCAAAGACCUUACAGGUGGACUUUUCCUCUCAGGAGGCAUUUGAUAAAGCUAAGGCAAAUGAAGAUACAGACAAUGCACAGGCAACUACUAUACCUGGCACUGUGGAGGAUUGGCUGCGGGAGCAAGAUAUGAAAAGAGAACGAGGGGACAUGGAGAAACCAUGGGAGCGGAAGACGGCUGCAGUGCGAGAGUGGGACUUCGGCAAGAAUGAGAAAGACAAGGACAAAGAGAGACCUAAAAGAGACGAACGUAUUCUUGACAAGCGACGACACCGUACGCCUGAGAGAAGCCCAGAGCCAGCAAAGAAAUUCAAGAAGAAAGAGGAAGAAGCUCCAGCUAAGCUAUUGGAUGAUCUAUUCAGGAAGACAAAAUCCACUCCAUGCAUAUAUUGGUUGCCGCUAUCUGCUGAAAUGAUCGCCAUAAAAGAGGAGCAGCGGCGCCAACACAUGGCCGAGCAUGAGCGCCGCAUGCAGGAGCUGCCUAUUGAAACGCUACGCUCAAAUGAGACUCCGAAAUACACUUGUAUUACCGUUCUCAAGGGUCUGGUAUCGUGGUGCUUCAUGGUGGCACUCCUGUCGGUGGCCUCCGCCCAGUUUCCCAUCACAAUGGAAGAGUGGCUAAGGGGAGACUUCAGUCAACGGGGGUUCACAGGCACUUGGAUUUCGGAUACUGAGUUCACUUAUGUAAUUCCUGGCGAAGCCGGUAUCUAUGUUUACGAUGCCUCAAUUCAAGAAAGCAGUGUGCUCGUGUCUGGCGAACUCAUGGCAUUCCUGAAUACAUCGAGCCCCAUUUUGUCAGCGGAUAGAGAAUAUAUUUUGGCUCCGAGUGAAGUUGAACAAGUGUACAGAUAUUCAACCACGGCGAGGUUUGCUCUCUACCAUAUUGCCACACAGGAGGUGACGUAUGUGGCCGACCACCAUCGCCUCCAACUCUGUAUCUUUGGCGGCGGCCACUCUUUGGCGUACGUGUUGGACAACAACGUGUACUAUCUGCCCGAGAACUCGAACGAGGCCAUACAGCUCACCGACGACGGUAUCCCCGGCGUCAUAUACAACGGCCACGCUGACUGGGUUUAUGAAGAGGACGUGAUGUACACCGGCCAAGCCACGUGGUUUAAUCCCACGGGCACAUACCUGGCGUUCGCUAGUUACAACGACACGGAGGUUGGAUCCUACUCCUACUACUACUACGUCGACAAGACCGACCCCGACGACUUAUAUCCGGAACUUUUUGAUCUUAAGUACCCUAAAGUGGGCGACACUAAUCCCACAGUGAACCUGCGCGUGAUCAACCUAGAACGCCUAGUGCAGGACGGCGUAUGGGAAUGGCAAACCCUAGCCGCGCCCGAAGCCGUCACAGAAGACCAUAUCCUCGGUGGCAUCGUGUGGCCCACGGCGUAUGAGAUUGCCGCCCAUUGGCUGAACAGGAGACAAAACUAUACCGUGCUGCGGUUCUGCAAUGUGCAGACUGGACUUUGCCCCGAAGAGGAGCAUCGCCAGCAGCCCAACGGUUGGGUGCCCAUCGCCCUGCCGCGCUUCAGCGCCGCCGGAGACUUCUACGUGUCCACCCGCUGGUCCCUCGAGCAGGCGGACGGAAACAUCUGGCAGCAUCUUUAUGUCAGCAUGCGUAUCAAUGGCGAAAUCGUUUCAAGCUCCAUCACGCCUGGUGCUUUCACUGUGAACAGCUUUGUUGGAAUGGAUGAGUCUACGCUCUCUUAUUACUUCACGCGCACGGUGACGGACUCGCCGUGGCAGUCGCAGGUGCACGCGGUGGGCGCGCAGGCGCGCUGCCUGAGCUGCGCGCUCGUGCUGCCGGACGGCGGCCCGUGCGCCUGGGCCUCCGCCACCGCCAGCCGCCAGGGCGCCUACAUGACCAUCACCUGCUCCUCGCCCGACGAGCCCGCCGCCGUCUACAUCAUCAACCCGAGGACCGGUGCUGUCCUGGAGACUUGGGAGGACAACCAGCAAGUCCGUUACAACCUCCUCGGCAAGGACCGUCCGCAGAGCAUCAUCACGACCGUGCCGCUGCAGAACGGGUUCCCGGCACCCGUGAGGCUGUUCCUUCCCCCCGGACUUGAUGUCAAUGACAUUAACACCAAGUACCCUUGCGUGUUCUACGUGUACUCCGGGCCUAAUACGAAUACCGUUUACGAUACCUUCACUGUCGGCUACCACACGUACCUGACCACGAACCGCAACACAAUCUACAUGAUGGCGGACGGUCGCGGCUCCGGCCUGAGGGGACAGGACAUCCUGUACUCACUCAACAACGCGCUCGGCACCGUUGAGAUCGAGGACCAUUUCGUCAUCCUCAGGGAGGUGCUAGCUCGGUACCAGUUCAUCGACCCCGAACGCGUGGGCAUCUGGGGCCACAGCUACGGCGGGUACGCCACGCUGCUCAGUCUGAUCCACGAUGACAACCACGAGUUCGCGUGCGGCAUCUCCACCGCGCCUGUCACCUCCUGGCUCUAUUACAAUACCAUGUACACUGAGCGCUACAUGGGCUUGCCGACCCCCGAAGACAACCUGGCGGGCUACCAAGCGGGCGACGUGACGCUCCUGGCCGAGAAUCUACGCGGCAAGAGCCUGCUGCUGAUGCACGGCAACGCCGACGACAACGUGCACUUCCAGAACGCCGCCAAGCUCAUGCGCGCGCUGCAGCAGCUCGACAUCGACUUCGACCAGAUGUCUUAUCCCGACGAGGCCCACAGCUUGGCGGGGGUCAAUCUUCAUCGCUACAACGCCAUGAACGCCUACUGGGAGAAGUGCCUGAGGUUGUAAUCAAAUACUAAUAUUAAGGCCUAGCAACCUAUUUCCAUUACAAGUAAAACCAAAACACGAUGGG